UCUACAGAUAACUGUCACCCCAAACCCGGAGUCACUUCCUCCUGGGAAAUUGUUACCGAUUUCACCAACAUGGCCUUUCUCAGAAGUCCCGUCUUCCUCGGCAGUGGACAGAGUCAAGAACGUGCUGGGCCCGCCCCCCGACAACACCAGCGUGCUGCAGUUCCCCCGAACCCCUCCUCCCAAGAUGCACCGCAGAGCUAGGGCUCAGGGGGACUUCUCUGCCCCUUUCCAAGGAAGCGGCUAUAGCGCCUCCCUCGAGCCUUCCAAGGAUUCCACAGAGUUGCUGGCCCGACCAGGACCUCAAGGGGGAAAAGAAGCAGCCGGUGUGUCAGGUUUGCCUCACACUAGCAUGCUCCCCACAUUGUCCACCGUCCCAUCAGGGAUGUCCUUGAGCCCUGUCCUCCCAUCUCAGCCAGUAUGGGUAGGGACUCCUUCCAUCUCAAAACGACAUUCUCUGCGGUCAGACAUCCUCCCACUUCUCCCUCCAUCUCCACCCUCCUCAUUGCCUCCUGACUCACCUCAUUCCAUCAUCUUUUCUAAGCCAGCCGAGCGACCCACCAAAGUGCCUAUUUUCCCCCAAACAGCUCCCACUGACUCCCCUUCAAGUCAGAGUGUAGCUAAUCCCCUAAACCCAUUUGCUGAUGAAAUGAACCACACUCCAUCCAAAAAUGCCCAGGAUUUAAUAGGCAUCCCUCAUCUAGGUUUUUCUGGAUCUUCAACAAAGCAGUAUUUGGAGCUGUCCCCCACGGAGGGUCCUCGAGCAGCGGGCUCCCCAACACCAGAGUUUUUGAGCUCCGGGGCAGAACUGGCCCAUGUGUCUCCCCCUCCCCUGGCGCCUGCAAGUCUUCGGCUGCCAGGUGGAACUCCCUCGUGGUCAAGGUUGGAAGUGGCUCCAAGUCCUGCAGCCACCCAGCCAAUUGAAGCUGAGGUGGCUGAAAGAGUGCACAAUGGGGUGUCUUUGAAGAGUGCAGUGGCCGCGGUGACCCAUGGGGCUGUGCCUUCACUUUUCCAGACUGCUGAGUCAGUGGCAGGGGAAAUGACCAGCGGACAGCUAGCCCCCGCCACUGCAAACGCCUCCGCUAACCCGCGGCAUUUGUCAGCAGCUCCAGAGAAUUCCGAAGGGCCCAUCCUUUCAGCAGAACGUGCAUCUUUCUCUUUGGUGCCUUCUCCUCUGCCUCCCACUAUAGCCAGUCGAGGACAAGCCAUCCUUUCUGGGGCGGUUCCUGCAUCACCAUCGAAAGGCACAGCAGCAGACUUUCCCUCCACACCGAUUUUCCUGCAGCCAGCACAGAAUCGUGUCUCUCCAUCCAUCAAGCCCCAAAUGCCAGUUCCUCAGGAAGUGGGCCACGAUGGACCCCCUCCUACUACAACUACUGACUUCCUCCUCUCAAGCAAAUUUCCUAAUCUCCUUGCCACGACUUGGACAUUUCCGCUGCAGAAAGAAGAUGACGUGACAGCUGCUUUAAAGAAAAACGAAAAGGUAAAUUUGACAGCUGCUCUCCAGACCCUUCCAAGUAAAGAGGUUCCGAGUCUUCACACUGUAAAUGGAUUCACCUCUGAUUUUAGCACUGAUCGUAUUUCAUCCACUGUCAUUACAACACCGAGGCCAAACCUUCCUUCAGAAUCACCUCCACGUUCCAUCCCCUCUCUAGGAGCCACCCAGACUGUUUCCCCGUCCCCCAGCUUUUCCAACAGCAAUCCAGAGACUUAUGCAGCUGCAAUGGACCAUUCUGAGUUGCCAGUUACAACUUCUAAGCGGGUGACACAAUUUCCCUCCUCCACUGAGGUCUAUGGUUUCUUAACAAUGGGAAGUGUGAAAGAGCCAGCAGUCAAAGAUGUUUUUUGGAGUUCUCUUUCAGCAGAAACUGGAUCCCUUUCCACAGAACCGACGAUAUCUGGCUUGCCACAGCAAACAAAUUAUGAUAUAAAUGGGCACACAAUUAACUCCACAAGUUGGAAAACUCAUUCAGUUUCCUCUACUGCUCCCAGUAGUUUAGCUUCAGCUGUUAGUACAAUAGAAUCUCAGGAUCUCAAAGACACUGCUGGGCAUUUAGCAACUGCAGGCUUUAGCAUUCAGGAUCCAGUCCUUGAUACAAGCACCAGUCAGUUUGUCCAAGAGUCAGAUGUUACCAUGGUUGGAAACCAUACAGAUGUCUUGUCCAGAAGUAAUAACGACCAUUCCAGAGACUUCCAAGCCGCUGAGGUUGAAGGUGACCCAUCUACAAGUCAACAUCUUCAGACUCAUCCCCACCUACAGCGGCCUGCUCAUCCAACACAUCCUCUCUUGCUAACCUCUCCAAGUCUGCCUUCCACAGCUGGCUUGCAGGAGAUGCUUUCAGAUGGAGUGGAUACAAGUUUCCAAAUUUCCAGCAACAUCUAUCCAUCUCCUGUGAUAAAUGCUUCCACACCACUCCAGAAUAUCCUGAAAUAUCACUCCACUGCCGAAUCUCCUCUGUCAACCAGUGCCUCAUUCAGGACCCCAUCCAAAGUGCUUCUGCCUUCUCAGCGCCCCAAGAAAUGGACAGGUGCAGCCACUAAUGCAGUGGACUUCACAGUGUCAUCCAAGGCAGAGCCAACAGCAGCAGCAGCAUCCACAUUGUUUCUGAGGAAAUCUAGUCCACCAGCUCUGUCUGCAGCCCUAGUCGCUAAGGGCCCUGGCAGCAGCCCUUCGGCCGUGGCCUCAGGAUUAGUCAAGAGCAGUUUGACCACUGCUCUAGCUAAAAAUGUCACAAACAACACAGCACCUGGCCCAAAGGCAACACCAGGGGCAGUCCAUCCAGCCUUCUCGUUCACACCAACCUACAUGUUUGCAAGAUCAGCACACACCAUGAGCACUCAUACAGCCAUGCAAGGGAACACAGGCACCGCCUCCGGCCUGUUGUCCACAACACACCUGCCCAGGAAGCCACAAGCCAUGCACACGAACUUCCCAAACCCCACCAACCCAGACCUGCCCAGGGCGUCCACCACACGCUCCCUGACAAUCGCAGCAGCCUUGACAUCCAUCACGGCACCAGUAAGGGCCACCCGGCUGCCGCCUCUGCUGGCAGAAAACCCAAAUGCUGCUCUUCCCGCCGUGUCGACAGCUAUGGUCACAACUGGCAAAAUGCCAUCCAACCUGGAGUGUCAGAUGUCCAGUAAACUCCUGGUGAAGAUAGUUCUCUUUGUGACGCAAAGGAGAGCGCAGAUCAGUGAAACCUUGAAGCUCAAUAUAGCCAAAGGGCUCACACAGGCAUUGCGGAAGGCUUUCCACCAGAAUGACGUCUCGGCUCACGUGGACAUUCUGGAACAUUAUCAUAAUGUCACCGUUGGUUAUUACGCUACCAAAGGGAGGCUGGUGUACUUGCCCACUGUAGUGAUCGAAAUGCUGGGUGUCUAUGGGGUCAGCAAUGUCACUGCAGAUCUGAAGCAGCACACCCCAAACUUGCAGUCCGUGGCAGUGCUGGCCUCCCCCUGGAAUCCUCCGCCUGCAGGCUACUUCCAGCUGAAAACAGUGCUGCAGUUUGUGAGCCAGUCGGACAACAUACAGUCCUGCAGGUUUGCUCAGACAAUGGAGCAGAGGCUCCAGCGGGCCUUCCAGGAUGCCGAGAAGAAGGUCCUGAACACCCAAAGCAACCUGACCACUCAGAUCGUGAGCACGUCCAACGCCUCGCAGACUGUCACCUUGGUGUACGUGGUGGGCAAUCGGAGCUCUUUCCUCAAUGGCACCGUCGCCAGCAGCCUCCUCCGCCAGCUCUCGGCCGAGCUGGUGGGCUUCUACCUCACCUACCCACCGCUCACCAUCGCUGAGCCAUUGGAAUAUCCCAACCUUGACAUAUCAGAGACAACCAGAGACUAUUGGGUAAUUACAGUGCUGCAGGGCGUGGACAAUUCACUGGUGGGUCUGCACAACCAGAGCUUCGCCCGGGUCAUGGAGCAGCGCCUGGCCCAGCUGUUCAUGAUGUCCCAGCAACAAGGCCGGCGGUUUAAACGGGCCACCACCCUGGGAAGCUACACCGUGCAGAUGGUGAAGAUGCAGCGGGUGCCGGGGCCCAAGGACCCAGCGGAGCUGACUUACUACACCCUGUACAACGGGAAGCCUUUGCUGGGGACCGCGGCUGCCAAGAUCCUGAGCACCAUUGACUCCCAGAGGAUGGCGCUGACCUUGCAUCACGUUGUCCUCCUGCAAGCUGACCCCGUGGUGAAGAACCCACCCAACAACCUGUGGAUCAUCGCUGCUGUGCUGGCGCCCAUCGCUGUGGUCACAGUCAUCAUCAUCAUCAUCACUGCUGUGCUCUGCCGGAAAAACAAGAACGACUUCAAGCCAGACACGGUGAUGAACCUGCCUCAGCGUUUGCAGCCUGUGCAAGGGUUUGAUUACGCCAAACAGCACCUGGGCCAGCAAGGGGCCGACGAGGAGGUCAUCCCCGUGACCCAGGAGACGGUGGUCCUCCCGCUCCCUGUUAGAGAUGCUCCUGCCUCGCAGGAAAGGGAUGUCGCCCAGGACGGAAGCACCAUCAAGACAGCCAAGUCCACCGAAACCAGAAAGAGCAGGUCACCCAGUGAGAAUGGCUCUGUCAUCAGCAACGAAUCAGGGAAGCCCAGCUCGGGGAGGCGCUCGCCUCAGAAUGUCACGGCACAGCAGAAAGUGACAAAGGAGGAGGCAAGGAAGAGAAAUGUGCCAGCGAGUGAUGAAGAGGAGGGAGCAGUUCUUUUUGACAACUCUGGCAAGGCGGCCGCCGAUCCCUUUGACACGUCUUCUGGAUCCGUGCAGCUCAUCGCAAUAAAACCCACAGCCCUCCCCGUGGUGCACCCCACCCCGGACCGGAGCCAGGAGGCCGCAGCGCUCAACGGUGAGGUGAACAAAGCCCUGAAGCAGAAGUCAGACAUCGAGCACUAUCGGAACAAGCUGCGCCUCAAAGCCAAGAGGAAGGGGUAUUACGAUUUCCCUGCAGUGGAGACAAACAAAGCUCAGACAGAAAGAAAAAAGAUGUACGAAAAAGCCCAAAAGGAAAUCGAGCAUGUGUUGGAUCCAGACCCAGAACCAUGCGCCCCAUUCACUGAGUCUAAAAACAGGCAACAGACGAAGAACUCUGUCUACCGAAGCCGGCAGUCUCUGAAUAGCCCAAGUCCAGGGGAGACAGAGAUGGACCUUCUGGUGACACGGGAGCGACCCCGGCGUGGAAUUCGUAACAGUGGAUAUGACACUGAGCCUGAAAUCAUAGAGGAAACCAACAUUGACAGAGUCAACGAGCCCCGGGGCUAUGCCAGGUCGAGGCAGGUGAAGGGCCACUCUGAGACCUCCACUCUGAGCUCCCAGCCCUCCAUCGACGAGGUCAGGCAGCAGAUGCACAUGCUGCUGGAGGAGGCCUUCAGCCUGGCAUCCGCGGGCCACGCAGGCCAAAGCCGGCACCAGGAGGCCUACGGCUCAACACAGCACCUGCCCUACUCGGAGGUGGUGACCAGCGCUCCGGGGACCAUGACGCGGCCCAGGGCUGGGGUGCAGUGGGUGCCAACCUACCGCCCAGAAAUGUACCAGUACAGUCUGCCCCGGCCGGCCUAUAGGUUUUCCCAGCUUCCUGAGAUGGUCAUGGGCUCUCCCCCUCCGCCUGUACCUCCCCGGACUGGCCCUGUGGCCGUUGCUUCUCUCAGGCGGUCCACCUCGGACGUCGGCAGCAAGACGCGGAUGGCGGAGUCCGCGGGGCCCGAGACGGCGCAUCUGCACGACGCCGCCUUCGCGCAGGUGUCCCGAGGCCCCGUGUCCGUGGCGCAGCUGGAUCAGUCGGCGCUGAACUACUCAGGCAAUACAGUGCCGGCAGUGUUCGCCAUCCCAGCUGCCAACAGACCGGGCUUCACGGGCUACUUCAUCCCAACGCCUCCCUCAUCCUACAGGAACCAGGCCUGGAUGUCCUAUGCAGGAGAGAAUGAGCUCCCGAGCCAGUGGGCCGAUUCGGUCCCCCUCCCAGGGUACAUCGAGGCUUACCCCCGGUCACGGUAUCAGCAGAACUCCCCCUCCAGGCUCCCCCGCCAGUACAGCCAGCCGGCCGGCAUGCACCCCAGCUUGGAGCAGGCCCCUGGGCCCUCCGCGGCAGCCUCCCAGCAGAGCCUGGCAGAGAACGACCCGCCCGACACACCGCUGACCAACAUCUCCACGGCUGCCCUCGUGAAGGCCAUCCGGGAAGAGGUGGCCAAGCUGGCCAAGAAGCAGACAGACAUGUUUGAGUUCCAGGUCUAACGCCCGAGCCCCGUGGGACUUCCAGAUUCUGAGGGAACAGCCUCCAGGCUUCUGAAGCCUAAUGUGUUGGGACUUGAGGCAUGGACAAUGGGUGAGUCUUUCUCAUCCUUAGUUUCUGAAAAGGUGAUCAGUGGGGCUUCUGGGAAACAGGGGAAACCUGAACGACUGGAUUCUCAGCCUGUUCAACUGAUUGUAUGUCAAAAGUCCCUGCUUGGAACCAUAUGUUUGAUGUUCUGUUAUAUUUAAACUGUGGGUGUAUUUCCCUGUGGAGCCUUAGUCACAACAGACACUGGCUAAUCUACAGAUUCCUGUCCAAUGCCACGUUUCAGUAAGUCACCAGAGGGUGGAGGACAUCGCUCUACCUUUGAUGACCCCCGCAUGUUAACUCUGUUUCUGUGUUAAAGGCAAUGCAGGCGUGUGAUUAAGCACCAGACUGUAUUCUCUCUCAUUCAGCCAUGACCGUAAUCGUUAAAUCACCUCCAGUCUGAAAGGAAGGCACUGACUCCAGCCAAGAAACUUGAGCCCUUUUCUUUUAAAGAUUCAUAUUCAAAGUCAGGUGCAUCGGAUGAAAAUCAGUGCUAACAAUGACUGUACCUCUAAAUGGUCCUGAUGUCCCCUCCCCACCCCCCAUUAAUUAAACAAAGGCCAAGCAAGAGAGAAGAUGAGAGGGGAUGGUUGCUUUGUGUUGACAGGUUUUUGAAAAGGUGAUGUUAUUUUGGAACCGGAGUAGCCUGCAAGUUGGGGUCUAACUGAAAGAGAAGCAGUGCUAAGAGCUUUUAGGAUCCUAUAAAAGAAAAACAGUUACUGGUGGAGCUUUUUCUUUGCCCUGCAGUGAAGGUGGCCUGGAAACGAAGCUUCUCUCUCUCUUUUGGGAUAACAGAUACAUUGACUUUUAUGAGAAACAUCUCUGUCUCUUCGACUGACGGUGACAUCCAGCCUGGGCUGCCGCAUGAUACAAAAGGAACUAGUAAUUGCUGCCUGCUAGAAGCGAGGAUAGUGGGUGCACAGUCUCCCCGGCCUGCAGCCUGUUGAUAGAAGCUUCUGAAUGUAGAAAAUCUGUUGAUUUACGUUUAAAUGUAAAUAACAUUUUUAAAACUAUAGGGAGGUAGCCGGCUUCCUUCCUCCCCACCCCCUGUGGUUAAUGGACACCGGAGGUCACUUGCUGAAAUGGCAGGGCUGCCGGCCUUGUGACAGCGAUGUUGAAAAUCACACCCCCUGCCACGGCGAGUGGGCCUCCCGAGCUCUGCGUGGGCAGCGUCUCGCAGCCCCGAGGCACCCGCCGCAGACUGAGCGCAAAGCCCAACAGCUGCUGACUUCAGGUGGCCUCGGGGAGAAAACGCUGGUCCCCUCACCAACUUUGGGAGCCGUGCACGACAUUGAGGGCUCACUUGGCACCUGUUGGAGAAUGAGGUCCUGUCUUGCCUUCACCCAAGAUCCAUCUCGCUUCAGCUGUAUCCAUUCCCCGAGCCCAUCUUCCCAUUCUCCUCAUGAGUUUCUUUGGUCUUUACUGAGAGAAGGUGAAAAUUUAAAAGUUGAGAGAAGAGUAGGAGUGGAACUGAUUAGAAUGGGAGAUUCAAAACUGUCAAAGCACAGACUUCUCAAAGGAGCGCUUUUUAUUUCCCAAUGGCCAAUUGCUCUUUCUGGGAUGUUCCGGAAACCCCCAAACAAGCCUCUUGUUCGGAUGAUAUUAAGUAGUGUCUUUUGGUAUGCUGGUUGAUCUUUCAUAGUGUUAGUUUUUUGUUACUUAAAAAAAAAAUCAGCUAUAAAUAAAAUGUAUUUUUGUAAUUUCCAUGUGUAUAUAUGGUAUAUUUCUACCAACGGCCAGUUGUUGUAACCCAAAACCUAAAUCAGCUUGCAAAACACUGUGGACAGUGCAAGAUUCUAUCGAGACAGUUUAACACAAUGCCUAAGUCUAUCCAAAUUGGUAUUCAAUGCACUUGAAUGAACAAAGAGCCAAAGAAACUCAGCCUUUUCAUGCAAAUGGUAUGAGUCUGAUAAAGUCAGCUACAUUGUCCCGCCUUAUCAAUAAUAUUAAUAUUUCAUCAGUGCAAUGACAUCAACCCAGUACUUCGUCUACUUGGUAAAUGCCUGGAAAUGUUAUAUGUGAAAAAGAAGUUUUAAGACCUUAGUGUAAUUAAAACAUAUGCACAUGCUUCAACGACAGUGUCCGGGCUUUGGAUGUUCCAGUGACUUACAGAGAUCGAGCCUACAGCCCCAGCUUGCUAAGAGGGUGAGAAACAAAUCAUUGUGGUCUCACAGAACCCGUGAAAUACUGAGUUAGUCAACUGAGACAACUGAAAAUACAGCAUGCUUAAUCAGACACUCCCUUACGCUAGACACCACCGGUUUAAGAAAGUGUGUAGGAGGAAAACCUUAAAUUGGAAAGAGGUCCAUCUGUUUUUCAUGGUUUUGUCCCAUGGGGAGACAGCUGCCAUUGUUUGGUGUUUUGUGACCAAGAUGUAGUCCCUUCUCUGAAGAGUCUCCUGACCUCGUAGCGGUGACAGAUACCUGGACAGCUGGCUCAGAGAAAAGACAAAUGGUCGGAAGUGCCUCGUGGAAGUUAAAAUAGAGUUCCAUGAGAGCCCAGAGGCUCUGUGGUCCUCAUGACUCUCCGGAAGGUUGGGGAAGCCACAGGACGUCGGUGAUCUUGGAGAAGGAAGCAAAGUCCUGAGAAUUGGAGUGACCUGCCCAGGAUUCCAGCCCAAGCCUGCUGAUUCAUGAUGCAGUUUGCUUCCCAUUUCACCAUUCUGCCUGCAUGCUUGUCUGUGGUUUCUUGAACUAUGCGAGGAAGUUUAAAAAGUAGACAAGGGUCAUGUGAGACAUUCCCUGCAUUCUUGUGAAGAAAAAAGGUGAUCGACUAGGUAAAGAACUUCAGAUAAAGUGUAUAGAGGACAAUGCAUUUGUGGCGUAAUAAACAUUUUUUGGAACUAGUUUUAAUGUGAGUGUUCUGCAUUCUGAAAAGAAAUGCAUUUUGGCUUUUGCUAGAGAGUGCCAUCAAGGAAAUAGUGUUCUCAACUGCUGUUCAAGACUAGGAGUGUAUUCCUCUCGAUGCCACGGAUCCAAACAGGCAGGCAGGGGAGCCAUGCAGCUUGUCACUGUGAGGUAGUAGAUCCCAUGCCCUGCGUGGGGGAGGCAGUCUGGUGGUGCAAGAAAAAGUCUACCCUGUGCCCCAGUAUGUAGGAUCCGAGGUGGCAGUGUUACUGAAGCAGGAAGUUACCUCUUUCAUCAUGUGCCAUGGACUGAAUGUUUGUGCCCACCCCCGUUCAUAUGUCCAAAUCCUAACCCCCAAUGUAAUGGUAUUAGGAGGCAGGGCCUUGGGAGGAACCUAGGUCAUGAGGGUGGAGCUCUCAUGAGUGGGAUUAGUGCCCUUAUAAAAAGGAUGCCCAGAGAGCUCUCUUGUCCUCUUUUCUGUCUGAGAACAUAAAACGUAAGUUGGCAGCCUGCAACCCAAAAGAGGCUCUCACCAAAACCCUACCACACUGGCACCCUGACCUGAACUUCCAGCCUCCAGAACUGUGAGAAAUAAAUUUCUAUUGUGUAUAAGCCACCCAGUCUAUGGUACUUUGUUACGGCAGCCUGAACUACUAAAACAGGGUGGAUUAUGUAAGAAUCAAUUCUCUGGACCCAGGAGGAGUUAUAUGGUGCAUGUGUUAAUUUAGGAAUUCAGCAGAAGGAUGUGUAAUUUCUGAGCAAUCUUGAUGGAAGAAUAAAUAGGAAAUUGUUAGAUUUGUGAUUUAGAAACACACACAUACAACUUCUGAAAGAGUGCAGAUAGAGGAGGAGAGGAAUUUAAACACCUCACAAGAGGAAAUGCUUCUCUAACAGGCAGAAACUAGGGAAAUGGAUCAAAGAUUUAAAUAUUGAUUACAGAUAAAUAAGCUGCUUUUUUCCUACAUAACACACAGGCACUCGGUGCUUAAUAAAUAAAAUAGCAAAUUAUCUUAAAAGUUUGAGAACAGAAUUUAAACUUGAUCCAUUCCUUCUGCCACACACCAGAAAGUAGUUUGGAUUUUCCUUGCAAAAUACAGCCAAACACUCUUAGGGAAACAGUAAUUUAGCUUGGAGCAGUGGCCCACCCUGAUGCAAGUAUUAGAGAUUAAGGUCUGCCACUGAGUCAGCCUUAUAAGUAUUGUAGUCAAGGAACUUCGCAAGGUCUAGAAACCCACGCACACUUGCUAAUUCACACUUUCAGAGGUUGACUGAAAGUUAAAGGGCCAUUGCACAGAAACAAAACACAGCUCCCCUGUGGGAAAGAGAUGGAGACAGCAUCUCUUUUGCUCUCAUGUUCUCUCCUAUGGGCUUUCAUCUCUGUUUCUCUCUGCAUAUCUGCUCAGUCCUCUUGCUUCCUUUGGCCUGCUAGCUUUCUGUUUUCUCAUGGUGGGUGUACACGCUAAAAAUCCCACCCCUGGGCCCACUCCACACAGUCUUUCCUCUUUAGUAUCCAUCCCUCCGUGACUACCAUCUCUGGGCUCCUAGGAUAAAUUCUUGAGAGUCUGAUCGGUCCAGUUCAUCUGCCUAUGAGUCAGGCACCCUUGGAUCAGAUGUCUUUCCAGUCAGCUAAAACAAGGAGGCAGGGUCAUGCAAUACGAGCAUGGCCCCCGGCCUGGCCCUCUCAAUGAGGCCUUUUGUUGGGGACUAGCACCAAGAGGAGGGAGCAUAAGUGAACAGGACCUUCGAAAGGAACCAGUACUCCUAGGAUGCCAGCCAGCGAGUGAGCAGUCCCUAUGGAUACUGCCACAGAGAGAAGAUGUCGUUGAUUUGCACAUCAGUGAGAAUGCUUGAGCUUGAAACCUUGGCGGACUGGCCAGAACUGCCCCAACCACUUCCCACUCACCACCAGUGCUACUGAUACUGCUGCUGGGUCUAAGAAGUGAUUUCAGACCAAGGCCCAGUGAGCACAAUGUCUUGCUCAGCAGACAAUAAAUACUUGUAAAUUGAAAUGCAUGAUCUCAGCUCAGGUGCUAUUAACGUGGCUUACGGCCACACACUUGCAUGGAUGAGAAAACCCAUGAGCCUCUCAACAGAGUCUUUUGAAACAAAAUUGGUUUCAAGGGAAAUUGAUAUUCUUGUGGCUCUGCCCUUCCAAAUAUAAUAAGUUAGUGUUCCCGAGAAUUGAUAGCUCUCUUGAUUUCUUAAGGUGAACUGUUACAGAAUCCUAGCCUGUGUUAAGUGCUGACAUGUAGGGUGUUUCUGGAAAGGAAUAUUUACAAAAUAGAAUGAAUAGCACCAGAAGCAAAUUCUUUCAGAGGAUAUUAAGUUGCUUUGAUUAUGCAGGUCUUAAAAAUAGGGAAAUUUGGGAGAUGGCAGAAUUUGUCUCCAUAGGUCAAACUCACACUUCAGUGAAAGCCAUUAUGUAAUGAAAUCUAGAAAUAGGUUAUUUUUAUUCUCUGACCUUGGCCAGACUUUUGUAAACUAUGGAAGGAGGCCAUCAAUUUAUUUUACAUAAAUUAACUGUGGCCUCACCUUAUUUUCCCCCAUCUGUACCUGACGUCUAAACUCACCCUCAGCCCAUACACAAAAUGAGAGAAGGUUUGUAGCAAACGAUCAGAGGAGUAUCAUUGGUCUGGAAAUUUUGAAAAAGGCAUAAUAAAUAGUCAAGGCCUCAGUCAACUCACUAUAAACCAGCCUCUGAUUCCUUAUCUGUGAAAUGGGUAUAACAGCACCUGAACUUCCUACCUCUGGUGAUGGUUGUGAGGAGCCUGUGGUUUAAUGUAUGUGAAAAUGCUUUGAAAAGUGUAUUCUUACUAAAGUAUUAGCUUCAUAAUUCAGUUUUAUCGAGCAAAAUAUGUUAGCUCCUUCCAUCCACAGAACUAAUUUGUCUCAUGUUCUAUAACAUUUUUAAAUUUUAUAUUCUAUAAAAUUAAAUAAAGACGUUCCUAAGUUUGGAAGUGCCCACAAAAGCUGGCCUCACUUGGAGCUGUAUUUUGCUGCUGUUGUUGUCUGUGAUUUGAAGGAUACAUAAGUACUUGUACACGUGCUUCUGGGCGGACAGCCCAGACCACGAUUCCUCACCAACCACGUGGACACGUUGGGCAAAGACAAGUAUUGAACAGGAGCUUUGACUGUAGCUGUUGUCAUUUAAGGCUUUGCUUUCUAAUUAACUUUGUACAUCCUUGGCCUCUGCCGGGAACAGAGUGUUCUUAUGCUGUCAGAAUUUUUUAUUGUAAAAUAAAAUGGCAAAGGCUUUCAUACCCCAAAA